AUGCCAAUCUCUCGCGCGUCGCUCAAUGAUAUUCCGCUCUCCUACGCCUCAUGCUCAAUCGGAUGUGGGCCAAAAGACACGCUUCCCCGUCGUCUAGAAGCAAUCAGUGCAGCAGGGUUCACCGCGAUCGAGCUCUCCUUCCCCGACAUUCUCGACUAUGGUCUCCAACUCACAGGCGAGUCCAUCAGUCCGGUAGAUUACCCCAAAAUCAUCUCUGUAGCAGCAGAGAUUCGCAAACUCUGCGAUUCUCACCGACUAAGUGUCAUGAUGCUACAGCCAUUCUCCAACUUAGAGGGAUGGCCCAAAGGAUCAACGGAUCGGGAAGAAGCAUUCGCUAGAGCUACAGGUUGGAUGGAGAUCAUGAACGUGGUCGGAACCGACUUGUUGCAGGUUGGAGCAACAGAUACACCCGAACCGGCUAUCUCGUGUGAUCGAGAAGUCAUAGUCGCCGAUCUACGCCUACUAUCGGACCUCCUGGCGAAGCGCAAGUAUCGCCUCGCAUACGAGAAUUGGUGUUGGUCAACACAUGCAGCAACCUGGAAGGCAGUCUGGGAAAUUGUCAAAGCAGUCGAUCGUCCAAAUUGCGGACUGUGUCUAGAUACGUUCCAGACAGCGGGGAGUGAAUGGGGCGAUCCAACGACCACAUCCGGGCUGAUCGAGGAUGUUUCGCAGAGUGAUCUGCGCAAGCGCUUCGAUGCCAGUAUGCAAGAGCUUGCGACUACGGUGCCAGCGGAGAAGAUUUAUCUUCUCCAGAUCUCGGAUGCAUAUAAAGUCUCCCCGCCACUAGAGAAUAAGACUCUGAAUGAGCUUCGGCCAAGGGGAAGGUGGAGUCAUGAUUAUAGGCCUAUGCCGUACGACGGAGGAUAUUUACCUAUUGAAGAUGUUGCGAAGGCGGUUUUGAAGACUGGGUUCCGGGGUUGGUUUUCGAUGGAGAUUUUCGAUUCUGGGCCAAAGGGGGAUGGGAAGAAGUAUGAUAUGGGGCCUUUUGCGAAGAAGGCUAUGGAUAAUAUGCAGCAGUUUUUGACGAACUGCGCUACGGAAUGA